GGCGAAGUAGAGACACGUAUUUGAAUUUUGCUGGCGAAUUUUAUUUUAUUAAAAUUAUUAGACUACAGUUUUGAACACAAAAAGUUUCAAAUGUGUUAAUACCUCACCUCAGUGCAGUCAGCAGCUGUUUUCUCUACAAUAUUCUCGCACAUAAGCACAUAACUGCAAGUCACUGUCAAGCACAACACAAACAAUAAUGGAUCUCCUGUCAAAACUCCAAAAGGAAAUGAACAGUAUGAAGGAACUUUUCAAUUCACGGAUGGCUACUUUUGAGAACUCCAUUUCCACUCAGGCACCAGCACCUCCAGCUGUCCGGGACGACUUCAACAGCUUCAAAGAUUUUAUAGGAAAAAUGGUCUCGGGCCUGCAGAAUCAAAUGGAUAUAGUCUUGAAGACUUUGGAGGAGAUGGAGACGCGCUCUCGGGCUGGAAUAUUAUUGCUACACGGAGUCCCGGAGGCUGAGGGUGAGAUAGCCCCAUCUAAAGUGACAGACAUUUGUCAAAAUAGGCUUCAGCUGAGUGACAUCACAACUAACUCAUUUGUUAGUUGCCACCGACUUGGUAAGAACAAAGCAGCUUCCAAACCUAGGGCAAUAUUAAUCAAAUUUUCCUGCUCCAGAACCCGGGAUGUUGUGUGGGCUGCCAAGAAGCUCCUUAAAGGGUCUGGCUUCACUUUAUCAGAGUUUCUAACAAAUACCCGGCAUGCUGUGUUUCUUGAGGCCAGGCGUAUCUACGGAGUCAAAGGUAGUUGGACCAGCGAUGGCCGGAUUGUUGUAGUAUGCCCAGAUGGUUCACGACAUAAAAUAACAACUAUGGACGAGCUUCGUGCACUGCCCUUGCCCUCUGAUGCCAAUGGGGCCGCCCUAAAGUCCACUGCGAGUGUUGGUGCAGAGGCCAGCGGUGAACCCGUGCUGCCUAACGCUGCCAACGCAACUUCCGCAGCUGCAGCACGCAGGGUUCUUCCAAAUCGAGGCACGCGGAAAUGAAGCCUCAACGCUGGUAGUACAGUGAUAUUUGCGGUUCCUCAUUGUUAUAGCUGAUUUGCUCUGUUAUCAACUUUCACUCUGCCAUGUGAGCACCUUUACUCAGCAAAUACUUGCAAAGUUCAACUUGUACCGGAUAAUACGUCACAUUUAUUUUAAUUUGCAUUGUAACAUAAUUAUAUUGAAGGUUGGGCGAUAAAUUUUGUUAUUUUGUUUGCGGGGAGUUUGUAAGUGUCACUAACGUCAUUGUCACUUCACUAGUGUCAUUUUGACAAGUUACGUUCCGUUUCUCACUAUUGUUUUGUUUUGUAUGUCGUUUUUCAAUUUACGUAUCUGUUCUAUUGUGUUAAAAUUUUUGUGUGACUGUAUUCAACUACUUAAUUAACACUCAUACUCAGAACGCAUAUUCAGUAUAUUUAGUAGCUUUAAUUAUUUUAUUCGUUAUGUAAACCAGCUGCUGGCGAGUAUUUGAGGUGAAUUGUGGAGUUUAGGCGUAGUAUUUUCGCAUGCAACUAAAUAUUUACAUUUUAAGUAUAGUUAUAUAUCGUUAGUUUAGGAAUAUUGUUUUAUUUAUAUAUUUUAUAUUAGUUUGUUUUACUUACCGCAAAUGUCUGAUGUUCUGGAUAUAAGCCUGGACAGCGAAUUCUUCUCCUUAUCUUCGUCUAGCCUUUACGAUUCUUUUAGCGAUGCGUCUGAUUUGCCGGAUUUAAAUGAGCGUUUGCACGUUACCUUCGAUUCAGCGGGUAAGCGCUUUAACAUUGUACACAUUAACGCUCAAAGUAUUCCGGCACACUUUCCUGAUUUGUUAGCAACUUUUGACGUUAAAAACAUACACGCAAUCCUUAUUUCCGAAUCGUGGCUCAAGCCCUCAUUGCCGUCUACUCUCUACC